CUUCCGGAAGUCCAACGUGUGCUGAUGAAGUCACAUGUGCGCUAGUUCACGGCAGCAUGAGAGGCACAUGGCAACUUUCGUAAAUUAAAUCUACAAUUUCUUGGAGUGUUCUAGAGAUCGGGAUAAUCGCAAGAACUUGUUUUCGUUAAACAAACAACUUUGUAGGUGUCAAUCAUGGGCAGGAAGUUGGAUCCCACCAUUAGGGCGAAAAGAGGACCUGGACGUAAAUCCAGGAAACAGAAGGGAGCCGAAACUGAGCUGUCCAAGUUUUUGGUUGAUGACGAGGGGCCUAAAAAACUUUCAAGCAGAGGAAGAAAACGAGCUGUAAAGAGAACUCAAGUGACCAAAAAACCCAAACAAGAGGAAAAGCCCAAAAAAGGAUUCUCAGAUGAGAAUAGUGAAUGGCUCAAACCAGCACAGAGGAAACGAAAGAUUGAACAAUGCGAGGAAGAUGAGGACAGCGACAGCCAAUGGGAAGAAGAAGAUGAUGAUGAUGAUGUUGUAAAGGGCUUAGAUCACAAGGGAAUGGUGAAAGAUGAUGAUGAUGAUGAUGAUGAAGAAAUGGUGGAUGACUAUGGUGCUGAUGAAGGGGAUGAACAAGACAGUGAUGGAGAGGAGCUUCUGCCAAUCGAGAAAGCUGCAAGAAAACAGAAAAAACAAACAAGCAUGAAACCAGAGAGUGAUGAUGAUGAUGAUGAUGAUGAUGAUGAUGAUGAUGAUGAUGAAGAAGAGGGAAAGAAAGGUUUAAAGGAAGAUGAGGAGGAAGAGGAUACUGUGCAGGCGAAUAUUGACGAGACGGAACAAUUCAAACUCCCUGCUGCAGCAGAUAGAGCCAAGGAAGGUCUUUUACUGAUGGACUUGCAGACCAUCCAUCAGAGGAUCAAAGAUAAUGUGGAUGUGCUGUCUCACUUCAGUGAGAAGAGAGAGGAAGGCAAGGAAAGAUCAGAGUAUCUCUCUCUGCUGCGCUCUGACCUCUGCACCUAUUACAGCUACAACCUUUUCCUCAUCAGCAAACUCAUGGACCUGUUCUCUCUCUCUGAGCUGAUUGAUUUUCUUGAGGCCAAUGAAAUUCACAGGCCAGUCACCAUCAGAACCAACACCCUGAAAACCAGAAGAAGAGACUUGGCUCAGGCUUUGAUUAACAGAGGAGUAAACCUGGAUCCAUUGGGGAAAUGGUCCAAAACGGGGCUGGUUAUCUACGACUCUUCUGUUCCCAUAGGAGCAACUCCAGAAUAUUUGGCAGGCCAGUACAUGCUGCAAGGUGCAUCAUCAUUUCUUCCUGUAAUGGCGCUGUCUCCUCAGGAGGGGGAGUCAGUGUUAGACAUGAGUGCCGCUCCAGGAGGCAAGACCACAUAUAUGGCUCAGCUCAUGAGGAACACAGGCAUGAUUGUGGCUAAUGACGCAAAUGCAGAGAGACUGAAGAGUGUGGUGGGAAACAUCCAUCGUCUCGGUGUCACUAAUGCGGUCAUCUGCAACUAUGACGGCAGACAAUUCCCAAAGGUGAUGGGAGGUUUCGACAGAGUGCUUUUGGAUGCUCCUUGCUCCGGUACAGGAGUCAUUUCCAAAGAUCCAGCAGUUAAAACCAACAAGGAUGAGGCUGAUAUUCUUCGCUCGGCUCACCUGCAGAAGGAGCUCAUCCUGUCUGCUAUCGACUCUGUCAAUGCUGAUUCUUCAACUGGCGGAUACCUGGUUUAUUCCACAUGCUCUAUUAUGGUGGAGGAGAAUGAGUGGGUUGUGGACUAUGCUCUGAAGAAGAGAAAUGUUAAGCUGGUCCCUGCUGGACUGGACUUUGGCAAGGAGGGAUUCACCAGAUUCAAAGAGAGACGUUUCCAUCCCUCUCUCAAACUGUCUCGCCGAUUCUACCCUCACUCCCACAACAUGGAUGGAUUUUUUGUGGCCAAGCUAAAGAAGGUGUCUAACACAAUCCCUACUGCACCAAAAGAAACAGAAAAUGAAGUUGAAUCUACAAAAAUGGAGACUGCAGCCUCAUCGGAGCAGAUCCAAAAGCCAGAAUCUAAGGAACAGAAGCCCACUUCAACUAAAGCGAAAAGCAGUAUGGGCAAGAAGCAGAAAUUAAAACAGAACAAAUCUGAGACGCCCAUCAUCACAAAGAAAGCUGGAGUGAAAUCUGAGAAUAAGAAAUCUGAUGGUCCCAAAAAAGCCAAAAUUGCCAAGUUGGAUGGUAAAACUUCCCAAAAGGUUGAGAAACCGGUCAGAAAGCAGAAGGUUAAGGAACUGAACGGAGAUUCAACGAAAGAGGUAGUAAAGGAGAAGAAAAAGGGGAGCCAGUUUGAGAAGAAAAACAAAAUGAAAAAGAAGAACUUGAAGAAAAGAAUGGGGAAAAACAAAUUUAAGAAGUUAAAAAAUAUCCUUGGACAAGACGAAAGCGGCCAGUGAGAUUCAUUGCUAUGAAUUGACAUGGACCUGUAUGCUCAGGACUGGGGUCCGUCAAUGGUUUGACACAAAACCGGAAGUUAAACCAAUCCCAGCCUGCUUUUGGGGACUUAAAGAUCAUCCUUCAGAAAUGUACACAAUGAUUUAGUGUAUUUAUCUUGCUUCUCAAUACUUUUGUCAACCUUAUUUCUUGACUGUGAGGUUUUCUUCAACCUUGUGGUAUGUGUUAUAAAUGUAUACUGUCCGUUUUAAUGGAUUUAGUUUUGACUAAGAAACAUUUAACUGAAA